AUGUCGUCACGCAUCAUUAGACGACGGGACAGAAUACUGUGCAGCCUCUUUGGCUCACACUGCGCGGCAAAGCUCUGGAAUCGUUGGAGCGGCGAUCAUCACAAGGGAAUGCCUCCCCCCCACUGGACCGCAUACCCCGCCCCAAUGCCGACGGAUAGCCUGGCUUUGCUUCGCAAGCCGCGGCAGACCGAGUCGAAUUCCUCGCUACAAAGACAUGGAAGCCCAAUCAACCUAGGUAAUUCUACACAGUGA